UACAAUACCACUUUAAAUCUGCGGACUCCCCUUUUUGGGUCGGCGGUGAAACCAACCAAUCCACCCCCAGUUUCCCUAACUCAACACGCACUAUAUAUAUACUUUCCACUAUCACAAUCUCAUCCUUCUUCAUACUCUUCAAUCCCAACCCUAAUUUAUCCGAUCCCCAAAUCAAAAUGAGUUCGUCAAGCAGAGCUUGGGCAGUAGCAGCGAGCGUUGGGGUCGUGGAGGCGCUCAAAGAUCAGGGCGUCUGCCGAUGGAAUUAUGCUUUCCGGCUUCUCCAGCAGCAAGCCAACACCAAUCUCAGAUCUUACAUUCAAGCUAAGAAACUCUCGCCUGCAGUCAUGGCGACAACGAGGCAACAAGAUAAGUCGAAGCAAUCGGAGGAGUCUCUUAGAACUGUCAUGUAUCUCAGCUCUUGGGCUCCCAAUUGAUACCAUCAUUUCUAAUUUCUAAUUUGUAUAUAUUGUGAUAUUCAUAUACAUGGAAAAUUUUGAAUCUAA